CGCGUUUUGCCCGUCGUGUGGUGCUGGUUUGUGUGGUGUCUCCUGAAAUUGGUUUUUGUAAAUUCUUGGAUUCCUAUUUGCAUCUCGCGCAGCCAUUUUAUUGCCUUGACGAAAUCUUUUAAAUUUUACGUAAUUUUACUAAACGUUGACGCGAAAUAAUUUAAAUCUUUUAGUAUUUGUAUUCGUCCAAUUGCGUAUUCGUUUUUUAUGUUUCUUACAAUCAACUUCUGUUAAAAAUCGGAAAAGUAAAAUCCAAACUCUGAAAAAAUGAAUUCCAAUCUAUCCGCGAUGAAAGAUGCUUCGUCAAAUAUGGGAAGUGAAUUAAAAGAACUGAAUGACGAAAGUGAUCCGUGCGAGGAUACCUUGAGACGAACUAAUCUAAUGAAAUUGCAUCUGAAAUGCGCACCCAAGAAUAAAUCGAGUGCAUUGAGAUUGGUUUUGGAGCCGAGAAAAUUGUUGGACAUUAAACAAUUGGAUUCCAGCCCGUGUGUUUCGCCUAUGUCGCAAUUGGCUGCAAAUUUGAAUGGAACCCAAAUUUCAACGCCAACGACGUCAAGAAGAGAUUUUGGAGAUAAUGAUGAGACUGAAGAACUGCCAGCAAGUGCACUCGAAACAGAAAAACAGCAAAAUCAUCAAGAGCCUAAUGACGAAAUCACAGCGAGCAUAUGUUCCCCAGACAAGGAGGCAACUGACGACAACUCAAGAAAAUUGACGCCAUACUAA